UGCGCAUGCGCACUCGGCCUGUUCAAAACUGCGUCAACUUCAGAUUUUGACAGCUAAACUUUCUAAAGAUUUGGGAAGUUUUAGGACAUGAGCGAAGAUGGAUGAGGACGAUGCAUUCGAGGUCCCGCAGAGGAACGAGUACCGCUACCUGGUGCAGGAGGACGAGGAGGAGGAGGUGCAGUACGUCCGGCACCGGCACUACAUCAGCCCCUUCCUGGUUCUGUCCAAACGCUGCAUCUUCCUGAUCUGCCUCGGCGUGGCCGCCCUGCUGGCGCUCGCCGCCUACCUGGGCUACGUGGCGCAGACGCUGCCGCCGGGACUCGCCCAGGUGUUGACGGACUGCGGCGAGUUCAGAGGAAAACACGAAAAUGGCGCCUACUCCUUUAAGGGCAUUCCCUUCGCCGCUCCGCCGGUCGGCGAGCGGCGCUGGGCUCCUCCGUCCGACCCGCCGUGUAAGCCGGGCGUGACGGACGCCACGCGCUUCCGCAGCGUUUGCUCUCAGGUGCAGCCGAUGUCGAGCGCGGGGAAGGUGAUCGGCCAGGAGGACUGCCUGUUCGUCAACGUGUGGACGCCCACGCUGCGGCCGGACGCCGCGCUGCCCGUCAUGGUCUGGAUCCACGGAGGAUCCCUGCAGAUGUUCAGCGGCGGCGAGCCCGGAUACUCGCCCACAGAGAAGCUGGCCGCCGACACUCAGCUGGUUUACGUCAGCUUCAACUACAGACUCAACGCUUUCGGCUUCCUGGCUCUGCAGGUGUUGAGAGAAGGUUCUCCAAGAAACACGUCAGGGAACUACGGCUUCCUGGACCAGAUCGCGGCGCUGAAGUGGGUCCAGAGGAACAUCCGUGGGUUUGGAGGAGAUCCUGGACGAGUCACGAUAUUUGGGCAGAGCUCAGGCGGGACUUCGGUGUGGACCUUGAUGAUGUCGCCGCUGGCCAAAGGUCUGUUUCACGCCGCCGUGGAUAUGAGCGGCUCGUACGUUCUGAACGCGACGCUGGAAAAAGCCGAAUCGGACAACCUGGUGUUCCUGAAGAAGACGGGCUGCACAGACCUGGCCUGCCUGCGACGUCUGACCAUGAGGCAGGUGCUGCAGGUAAGAUACCAUCAUCUGCAGGUGUCAGGCAGGAGUCACCAUCACGGUGCAGACCAGGUUCCUGGUCUUACAUUGAAGUAAUAUUUGUUUAUUUGUACAAUUUAAAUAAAAAUACAUUAGAAAAUGUUUAAAAUCAAUGUCUUUAUUUAUAAAAGGUAGUAUUUUUUUCUGGAGUUAAAGUUCAGAAUUACAUGCAGAUGCAGCAGCGCCUGCAGCUUCAUGCACUGGGCGCACCAUGAGGUUUUACUUUUAUUAUUACUUAAUCCUCUUUACUAUUAACAAAGCUGUAGAGAAAAAAUAUUUUUUGUGUCAAACAUCUUGUACGUAGCGCAUAUCUUUGUGUGAGUGCAUAAAUCUUAUUGGUCAGUUUACUUUUGUUUAUUUGGUGGCCUGCUGCUUUUUCUGUAGCUAAAAAUGAAUGAUCAGAGUUUGAUCCCUCCUGUAGUUCUAGGAACGGUCGUUUGGAUCCAGCCUGAGCUUUUUACCGUGUGCGGUUCUGGUGGGUCUCCAGUUUAUGAGCUUUCUUUGUGGUUUCACAAGCUAAAGAGUUCAAAGGAGCAUAACAGACUAUAUAAGGACAUGUUGUGUAGUUUAAAAAAUGUUAAAAAGCAAGACAGUAACCAUGU